AUGAAAGAGUUAUUAAUACAUGAAAAAAGUGAUCCCUUAAUUUGGUGGAAAGCAAAUUGUAAUUCAUAUCCUAAUUUAUCAAAUUUGGUACAAAAAUAUUUAUCAAUUCUUGUAACAUCUGUACCAUUUGAAAAAUUAUUUUCAGAUGCUGAAAUUUAUGUAACUUCUCUUAGAAAUAA